AUGAAGAAAACUAAGGAAGCGCCGCUGCGGCGAAAGAAAGAAAGCCAACCGAUCGGAACUGCAGCGCGAUCGGCACCUACUGCACUCACCCUUAACUGCGCCGCUUCCCCGUGCAAUUACCGAGGUCGUUCGAUUGCCAGCGAUUGGCGAUAUCACGUGUCGCUGGCCGCGAUCCGCCGCCUGAUGAGAAAUUCGCCGCGCGCCCAUCCGGAAGUAUUGCCGCGCCUUCGGGAAAUUAGUUUCGACGCGACACUGCAGAUGCCU